CGUUCCCAAGCAUUUCACUUGGUCUCUUUAACUCCACGCUGGCCGUGCGCAUGGAGAUUUCCUGUGGCCUUGCUUGAUGUCGUAUGCCUCGACCUCUCGGCCCAGCCAGUCGCAGGCGCGAGAUGGCGACUCCAUGUACGUGCAGGAUUCCAUGGCAGUCUCCGAGGCAGUCAAGCGAAUUCAACAAUGCACUGCGGAGAUACGGAAGGAGACCCACCUGUCACCUUCGACCUCCUCCAGCUCCCGGAAGAAGGUGGAAGGUGCUCUCCAUGCCGGGCAUCAGGCGACGCAGGAAGCGACGCGGCGCCUCGAGAAGCUGAGCCACGUGGGCGGUAGCACCUUCGGGGAGCAGAGAAACCGGAGUUUGAUGCAGCAGAAGCUGAGCGAAAACUUGACCAAGAGCAUCCAAGAUCUUCAGGCGAGUUUCCAGGCCUUCGAGCUCGCCGAGAAGAAGGCCGAGUCGGCCCCCCACGGCAGAUCUGCUGCUGCGGACGAUCUCGAGAUGGGCUCCAUGGCCUCUGGACAGCGGCAGCAAAUGACGGCCGAGAUGGUUUCGGAGGCGGAACUCGACAUACACAACGCCAUUGUUGAUGAGUACAUCGAAGAUAUCUCCACCUUGGCGCAAGAUGUGCGAGGACUUCAACAGGCCAUGGCGGAUCUCUCUUUUCACACGAAGGUGCAGGGCGACCAGCUGGACAGCAUCGAAGCUGACUUGAGGAAUUCCACCCAGGCCACCUCCGAUGCCACUGAGCAGCUUACACAGGCGAGCAGCUCUCAGAGGCGCGGCUCUAGAUUCAUCUACUGGCUCUUACUGCUCGCGGCGGUGCUGGCAGUGAUCCUGAUUUUCGUGGUGGUCUCUCGCUCUUCCUGAAGGGUGCGACGGAGGCCUCACGCGAGUAGCAAGGAUCUCUGACACGGGCCCAAAAAGGAGUCCUCCGCCCGAGCGAAGCGGUUUUGGUCGAGAUUUGUUUGUUUUGUAUUUUGGCCAGACUUCCACCAUAGAGCAACUUUGGAAUGGUCUGUGCGCA